UAGCAGUACCUAAUCUUUUGUGAAACAAAUUAGUCACACAAUAAAACUUGAUUUGCUUUAAAAUUAUUUUGUGACAAUUACUUCAGUGGUUUUUUAACAAUGGAAAAUCAAAGCGAUGAAGCUCAAGCUACUCCCUGGGACUUUGGAGACGUGUCCGCAGAACUUGAAUUAAUAGAAAAUGCAACAGAUAGAGCACCAAAUAAUAUAACUACAUUACUGAUUCAAUUGGAAAGAUCUGGAGUUCUGGCACAGAACAAUAUAAAUCAAAUUAAUCAAUAUUUAUCAAACAACCAGAAUAAUAUAGACAAUAGAAUAAAAUUUAAUACACUAUUAUCAAUAAUAUAUGAAGAUUUAUAUGGAUACUAUAUUCAAAUUAUUGAAGAUGUAGAAUGGGAAAGGCCAGUUACAUCAAUUCAAUUAUAG